AUCAGGUCCUCACAGCAAGAGCAGACAGUCGGGUCUGAUCGAGUCCUGAACCGCAGCAGAACUACAUCUGAGGAGGAGGAGCUGACCGCUGACUCGAGGAGGAGGAAGAGCAGUUUGAGCAGUAAAUCCAGGACAGGACAGGAAGGGCGUCAUUGAGCAAAUCACUCAAAGUUUGGCGUAUAUUUCUCUCCUCCGGGCCAGACGGCAUGAAGAAGGAGUUGUGUUUGCCAGAUCAGCAGCAGAAGACCAUUUGGAGCUCAAAGAGAGCAGAUCUUCAUGACCAAAGGCAAGAUGUCGUGGCACUCCAUGUACAGAAGCUCCAAGUUCCGGCAUGUUUAUGGAAAAGCGGGAAGCAGGGAACAAUGUUACGAGGGAAUUCCCAUCACUCACAGUGUCCAUGACAACCACUUCUGUGCAGUAAACCCCAAAUUCCUGGCCGUGGUCACCGAGAGCGCGGGAGGAGGAGCGUUCCUGGUUAUCCCGCUUCAUAAGCCGGGGAGAAUAGACCCUCAUCACCCAAAGGUCUGCGGUCACCAGGGCAGCGUGAUGGACAUCAAGUGGAGUCCGUUCAUGGACAACAUCAUCGCGUCCAGCUCCGAGGACUGUACGGUGAGAAUCUGGCAGAUUCCUGACGGCGGUCUGAGGAGGAACAUGACCGAGGCUCUGAUGAUCCUGAUUGGUCACAGCCGGAGGGCGGGGCUUAUCGAGUGGCAUCCCACCUGCAGCGGCAUCCUGCUGAGCGCCGGAUACGACUGCAAGAUCGUGAUCUGGAACCUGGAGGAGGGCGUGGCUGUGAAGAUGAUUGACAGCCAUCCAGACGUCAUCCUCUGUAUGUCCUUCAACACUGAUGGAAGUUUACUGGCCACCAGCUGUAAGGAUAAGAAACUGAGGAUUAUUGAUCCACGUUCAGGGAAAGUUCUUCAGGAAGCAGACUGUAAAAGCACCCGAGUGAACCGCGUGGUGUUUCUGGGUAAUCUGAAGCGUGUCCUCACCACAGGCGUCUCCAGGUGGAACACUAGACAGAUUGCAUUGUGGGAUCAGGAGGAUCUGUGCGCUCCCAUCACAGAGGAGGAGGUCGACGGUCUGGCCGGAGUCCUCUUCCCCUUCUAUGAUGCUGACACACACAUGCUUUAUCUGGCCGGGAAGGGAGACGGAAACAUCAGGUAUUACGAGGUGAGUGCUGAGAAACCCUACCUGCAGUUCCUGAUGGAGUUCAGAUCGCCGGCUCCGCAGAAGGGUCUGGGUGUGAUGGCCAAACGCGGCAUGGAUGUGAGCGAGUGUGAGAUCUUCAGGUUUUAUAAGCUGGUGACUCUGAAAGGUCUGGUGGAGCCCAUCUCCAUGAUCGUCCCGCGCAGGUCUGAGACGUAUCAGGAGGAUAUUUUCCCGAUGACGGCGGGCACAGAAUCAGCUCUGUCUGCUGCUGAGUGGCUCAGUGGGAUUGACAGAGGGCCACUGCUGAUUUCUCUUAAAGAAGCUUAUAAACGUCCAAAUCCAGCGGGUCUCAGAGCAUCUCAACGGGACAGACGGACGGUGAAGGGCAUCGACCUACUGGAGAACAUCACACCUAACACAGACAAAGAGCUCCUGAAGAUGGUCUUCAAGCAGCAGGAUGAAAUUAGGAAACUCAAAGAUGAACUCGGAGAAAAAGACGAGAGAAUCCGACAACUGGAGCUGGAGCUCAGAAACCUGAGAAACACGUGAUGAGCAAAACAGAGCUGCUUGUUCAUGUUGUUAAGAUUACACUGGAAAAAGUAGUUUUAUGAUAUUAUGCAAUUGAAUAACAUUAUUGAAGAUGGAUGUACAUUUAUAUGGCUGGCAAUUGUGGUUUUAAAGGAACAG